AUUGGGCAAGAAACAAGCGUAUUAUUACUUCUGGCGGCCGUUCUCCGUCGACUCGAUCGUUCGCUCUCCGCGAAGUCCUCCCUCGCGAACAAGAGUAGAGGGCGACGAAGAAGAGGGUUCGGAUCUGCGGGCAGGUGGACGACUAUGGGUGAGGAGCAGGAUCCACAGCGACUGAAGAGGAUCGCUGCGGCGGCGUACGACUACGACAUGGAUCCCCGAUGGGCGGAGUACUGGUCCAAUAUCUUGAUCCCGCCUCACAAGGCCUCUCGAUCCGACGUCGUUGACCACUUCAAGCGCAAGUUCUAUCAGCGUUUCAUCGAUCCUGAGCUUGUUGUGGAGGCAAUGGCUUCAACUAGUGCUUCUAAGUCAUCAAGAGCAGCAGAGAGACCUUCAGCACAAACAACAGAGUCAUCAAGAGCAUCAGAGAGACACUCCUCACAGUCAAGUGCUCAAAAUGUGAGGCCACAAAAUUCAGGUUCUAGUGGUGGAGCUGCUGGAACAGCUGCAUCAACAGGCAGGAGUGCCAGUUCAUUGAGGCUAGAUCAACGGUCUAUACAUUUUUCUCUCGAAGCUUGGGUCUUAGUGGUUGCUGUGCUUGGGGUGCUGCCAGUUGUACCAAGAAAUUUUUCAAACAAGGCAUAUCGUUUGUCUUUGCUUGGUACUGCAUGCUCCUCGGUGUAUUCACUAUACACUCUCUAUGGGAAACCAAGGGCAUGGAACCUCCCUGCUAUCCAAACAUGGUUUCAAACUUUGAUUGGAGCAAAAGAUUUUGUCCAUUUAAUAUAUUGUGUUACACUUGUUACAGCUCAGCUACACUUUAAAUUUGCUCUCAUCCCUGUAUUUUGUUGGUCACUUGAGCACGUGGCAAAAUUUCUAAGACGCAACUUUGCACAUUCUUCUUUAUACAGGAAAUACUUGGAGGAACCUUGUGUAUGGGUAGAAGCAAAUGGAACUACAUUGACUAUUCUAAGUUCAAAUGCUGAGAUUGGAUUGGGCUUUCUUCUAAUUUUAUCUUUAUUCUCGUGGCAACGCAACAUAAUUCAGACAUUCAUAUACUGGCAGCUACUGAAGCUCAUGUACCAUGUUCCUGCUACUUCUGGUUAUCACCAAAGCGUGUGGGCCAGGAUUGGUCGUACUGUGAAUCCGUAUAUCUAUCGUUAUGCACCCUUCUUAAACAGCCCCAUAUCUGCAGUUCAAAGAUGGUGGUUCAGAUAGAAGGG